AAGCUUUAAGUGAUUGUUUCUCUUUUUUGGUAGCCCUAGUACAUAGCACAGUGCUUAAUACUUGUUAAUUAAUACACUAUUGGGAGAACUAUGAACUGGCCCAACCAUUCUGGAAAGCAAUUUGAAAUUAUGCUUUAAAAAAAAAGUGGCUUCCUUUUGUCUUGUGUCUUUGCUAGUGGUGCCAUGGGUCACCAGCAGCUCUACUGGAGCCACCCUCGAAAAUCUGGCCAGGGAUCUCAGUUGUGCUGCGUCUGUUCAAACCGGCAUGGCGGGAUCCACAAAUAUGGCCUAAACGUGUGCUGCCAGUGCUUCCAGCAGUAUGCGUAAGACGUAGGCUUCAUCAAGUUGGACUAAGUUAUAUUUAUGGAUCACUUCAGUGAUUACACUGACCAUUAGUGACUACCAUUUUACUAGACCCUGGACAACCUAAAGAUCAAUCCUAUUGUACAUGCUAUGCCAAUUUGCAUGUAUAAUUUCAAAAGGUCAUCCUCAAAAAAGAAAAAAAGUGCCACAAAUGUCCCUUCCCUUUUACCAAGGGAUCCCAUGGUUCAACAUACAUAUACUGGAGGAGGUCAAAGAUAGAAAAGACCCAUAUACACCAAAAUACUCAUAACAUCAUUGUUUUCUGGUAACAGAGAAAUGGAAAGGUAAAUGUCCAUAAAUUGAGGAAUGGCAAAAUAAAUUA